AUGGCUAGUGCGUGGAAACAAACUCGCCGAAUGAAGAGGCUAGUUGUGGGUCCAAUGGCAACUCCUAAAUAUCAUCAAUGGUGGGCUAAAAGGAUUAAUGAUAAUACACCUAAGUUAAAUCAGGAAGAAAGCCAGUCAAUAGAAGAGCAUUUACGAGUCAUUCCUUCUGAGUUGGAGAUUAUAAAGCAAGAUUUUGAAAGGAGAAAUGCAGAGUUGGAGAAAAAGAUAGAGCAAAUGGAGGCGGAAAAGAUGAACUUAAGAUUGGAUAUAGAUGUUCAGAAGCUUGAAAAUGACAAGUUAAAUAAAGAGAAAAACAGGGCUGAGGAGGAGCUGGGUAGUCUGAAGAUGGAUUAUAAAAAAAUGCGUUUGUCAAUGAGAACUGCUGGGCUGGGAAAGACGUCAGAACAGUGGCGAGUAGAAAUCCAAGAAGAAAAGGACAAGGCCGAUAAGUGGGAACAGAGAUUUCAAGAGAUACAAAGGCGAAAUGAGGCCUUAGAAAGGAGUUUGUCAGAAAGCCAGAAGGAAAAGGGUGAGUUAAAGGAUAGGGUGAUUGUAUUGGAAAGAUCUCUUCGUCAGUAUCGAAGCCGAAAUUCUAUGAUAGAGUUAAAAGCUAGCUUGAGCAAGAUUGAAGAAAUGGAGAAAAGAAUUGAAGAGUUAGAGACGGAGCUGCAAAAUUGUGAGAUCCAGAUCAAGCACUUGAAAGCAAACGAGAGUCAUAGUAAUGAACAGCUUCACCAUUUUCAGAAUCAAGUUAGAAGUAGAGAUCAUCUUAUCAAGAAAGCUGUAGUCCAGAUUCGAGAAGUAGCUGAACAUAUACAGACUUUAGCAGUACAAGCUGACACGCUGAGUGUGAAAUAUGAAUUAGAGUCAGAUCGGGGGCAAGAAUUGGCUUUGUUACUUAGAAAGAUUAGAGUUCUGGGUACUAGGGCAAAGUUGUACUUGUAA